UUUGAAAUGUAAUUCCAAAUUGUUGGGUUACUUCAUUAAUUAUUACUGAAGUUAUUUAUUUUAUUUGUAAUACUUGUAGAUACGAUUUUUGGGUAUUUGCGCAUACAUGUAACGUUGCGCUCUUAUGAAUUGCUAUAUUUCCCGUUUUUAAAGUUUUAUGACGUUUAGCCUUUUACGUACGUUACGUUGUCUAUAGUUUUUAUUCAUUACAAAUUAUUUGAUUACGGAGACACAUCGUUAUUUAUAGAGAGAUCAUAAUCGAGAAUCGGUUGAUAUAAUAUAUGAGUAUAAGAAGCCAAAAUUAAGUGUAAUUUUGAGGAAUAAAAGAUACAUAUUUAUACCGCAUACUUGAGUUAUCGUCUUAUUAUAAUUUGAUGCCUGCCUGAAUGAUGUGAUCCGCUACAAUUCUCGAUUACUCCAAAAAAGAUGGAUAGCGAAGAAGCGUAUGAAGAAUCUCGGAAGAGAAGAACAGUUAAUUUGUCUCAGCUAACUAAGUUAUACAAUGAACUAGAAACAAAGAUGAUUUCACGGGAUAAUGUGAAACUUGUGAAAACAUUAUUCACAAAAUUGUGCGACCGAUAUGAACAAUUUAAAACUGCACAUCUGGAAUGUUUGGAUUUGUGUACAAACUCGGAUAUUUUUGAAACACUAGAAAUGAACUUUGAUAGUUCACAGAAAAACUUUACAGAAUUUCGUGAAAGAUUCAAUGAGUGGAUGCGCGAACCAGAAAUUACAAAAGAUGAAGAAGACAAGAAUAGCCGUGUCACGUCGGUGUCUCGGACUUCAUCGUCAACACAGUAUAGGCUGAAGCUAGCGAGGGCCAACCGCUUAAAGGCCGAGGUUCAAGUGAAGAAAAUGGAAGAAAAGCAAAAACUAGAACGCGCUCGUCGAGAAAUAGAAAUGAAAGAACAGAUGUUAGAAAGAAAAAGUCAGCUAGAAGAAGCAAAGUUAGAAGAAUCUGUGUGGCAAGAAGAAGAAGAAGAAGAAGAUACUGAGGUGACAUCUAAGAUCCAGCAAAACAUAAACGUGCCAUUUAACACAGAAAAUAAGACACUUAAUAAUAAGGAACAUGUUACAACAAAGAGUACAGAAAAUGCCGUUUCAGGGAUAGAGUGCACCACUGCCGGAAGUUUACAGUCAAGCAGCAGCAUCGAUACUGCAUUCCAAAGAUUAGCAUCAACACUACAAGAAGGAUUCAAUCUACCUAAACCUGAACUUUUGACUUUUGAUGGAAAGCCCACAGAUUACUGCAAAUUUAUAAAGAACUUUGAAACGAAUGUUGAAUGUAGAGUUACAGAUGAUCAGUUAAAGUUAAGUUAUUUAAUACAGUAUUGUAAUGGUGAGGCUAAAUCUUCGAUUGAAGAUUGUGUAUUGUUAGAGAAAAAGGGUUAUGAACGUGCUAGGUCUAUUUUACACUCACGUUAUGGCAGGUCACACAUGAUAGUUAGGUCUUAUAUAGAAAAUCUUGUAUAUGGUGCCCCGAUAAAGGCGUCAGAUUUUGAGUCACUUUCAAAAUUAGCUCUUGAAAUGCAAAAGUGUGAGAUAACUUUAUCACAAUUAGGAUAUGUUUCUGAUAUAGAUAAUACUGAUAAUCUUAGAAAGAUUGUAAAGCGUUUACCUAUGCAUUUAAGGGUAAAAUGGGUUGAUAUUGCUCAUUCCAUAACUGAAAAUGGUAGAGAACCUAGAUUUUCUGAUUUAGCAAAUUUUAUUGAUAAAAAGUCUCGUCUAGCUUCGUCAAUGUUUGGUCUAGAUCUCGUAAGAGAAAACUCAAAUACAUAUAGAAAAGAUAUAGACAAACGUACUGAUAUGAAUACAAGAGAGAAGGUAUCUACAUUUGCGUCUAAUAAUAAUAUGUAUGACAGCAAGGCUACGACAGAAGAUCGUAAAUGUAUUUGUUGUAAUGGUACAUGUAAUAAUUUAGAAUUGUGUGUAAAAUUCAAGUCUAUGAGUUUAACCGAUAGAGUCAAUUUUGUAAGAACUGCUAAGCUAUGUUUUAAUUGUUUAAAGGGUAAACAUUUUUCAAGGGACUGUAGAAAAGCUAAAAUGUGUACUGUAGAAAAUUGUAGCUCUAAACAUCACAUUUUAAUGCAUAGUUGGGGUAAAAAUAACAACACUGAUCACACGGCUACAAAGGUAAGCGUCCAUUGUUCAUCCGCCGGGACAGUUAUUAAGAAUUGUCUAGGAAUUAUACCCGUCGAGGUUAAAGGGUCAAAUGGGAAAACUUGUCAAACUUAUGCCUUGAUUGAUGAUGGAGCGGAUAAAACGUUAUGUGACGAGCGUUUGAUAAAAAUGCUAGAAACCGAAAGUAGACCGGUUACAUUUAAAAUGACAACAGCAACAGCACAGCGAGUCCGACAUGAAGGUCAAGAGGUUGACUUACAUGUACAAUCAGUUGGCAGCAACUGUCCGAUAACACUUAGUAAGGUAUGGUCAGUUAAAAAUCUACCGAUAUCGACACACUCAGCCGCAAAUAAUAAAGAUAUUAAGAGUAUUAAACACUUGUCAGAUAUUUAUAUACCAGAAAUAAGCAGCAAUAAAGUUCUGCUUCUAAUAGGCACCGAUACACCAGAAGCACAUAUUCCGAUAGAAGUGCGUUCAGGAAGUAGUCAUGAGCCAUAUGCCGUACGAACGCGCUUAGGAUGGAUCGUUAGAGGACCAAUCAACAACACAAGCACCAGUGAUGUAGUUAACGUCAAUUUUGAGCAUGCAGAUAAUGUAAUUUUGCAGCAGCAGUUAGAGCGACUUUGGACCACUGAUUUUCUCGAUCAGCCUAGCACGGAGAAAGUAUGCAUGUCUCUGGAGGAUAAACGCGCCUUGAAAACAAUGGAGUCAACAAUAGCCUAAGAAGAUGGACACUAUAAACUCGGAUUACCGUGGCGGGAUGAAAAUGUAAAAUUGCCGAAUAAUUUGCCUUUAGCACAUGCUCGAUUGAAUCAAUUACACCGCAAAUUGUCACAUGAUCCGAAGCUGCAUGAAAUGUACACAGCAACAGUAAGUGAUUAUAUACAAAAAGGAUAUGCAAAGGAAGUUACUGAUGUAAGUAAUGAGUCAAGUCACAUAUGGUACCUUCCACACCACCCUGUCACAAAUGAACAUAAACCCGGAAAGGUGAGAGUAGUCUUCGAUUGUGCAGCCAAAUUUAAAGAUGUUUCGCUAAAUAGCCGAUUAUUACAAGGUCCAGACUUUAUGAACAGCUUGGUAGGAGUUCUAAUGAGAUUUAGACAAGACCACAUUGCAUUAGCUGCUGAUAUAGAGGCUAUGUUUCAUCAAGUCCGCGUGAAAGACGAUGACUGUGAUGCUUUACGAUU